AUGUCUUCAAACUUCGUGGCAGAGUUCGAACGCCAACACUUUAUUGAGAUGAGACACAGUUUUUUGUCUUUUCUGGUAUUUUCUGUCGUAGCCGCCCAAGUUUUGGCGCAGUUCGGUUAUGCGUAUCCGUACAGCGGUUACAUAUAUCGCAAUCCGUACUAUGGAUAUGGUGGAUAUGGCGGAUACGGCGGGUAUGGUGGAUAUGGGUAUGCCGGAUACGGCAAUCCAGUGCAAAGAGCCCUACGAGGAGCACUCGUCGGUGGAAUAUUGGGAGCAAUGGCAGGGAAAUAG